AUGAAUUCAAGCCGGUGUGCAGCAUGCAAGCAUUUGAGGAGAAGAUGUCCUUCAGAUUGCAUUUUUGCUCCAUAUUUUCCAUCAAAUAAUCCAUCUCGUUUUGCUUAUGUUCACAAGAUUUAUGGCGCCAGCAAUGUUGGAAAAAUACUACAGGAUCUUCCGGUGAGCUGUAGAGGGCAAGCAGCGGAGACGUUGUACUACGAGGCAUACUGCAGGAUCAAAGACCCCGUCUACGGGUGUGCCGGGAUGGUUAGUGUGUUGCAUCAACAGUUGAAUGUUGCCGAAUGCCAAUUAGCUACCAUUAAGGCCGAGGUCGCUGCGCUUCAACCUGCCUAUUUGUCUGACUCCUCUUGCUUCCACUAG